AUGCGAGUAGUAACGAUAAGGCAGUCAACUGUGCGGGUAAAAAAGUUGGAAAAAGGUUUUAGUUGCAUAAUUCGAAUCCAAAAUGAUGAGGUCAAAGACAAGAGUCAAUCAGACACUGGUUAUAGUGAGGAACAAAACGGCACAGCUGCCGAAUUCGAACGAAAUCCUUUUGAGGACAAAACUGGAAGUGACCUUGAUUUGAACGUCGUUAAUUCUCCCGCGGAUAAUCCGGCUGGCAGAACGCCAGCUGCGUUGCGUCUUCGACGCGGAGGUAUGGCCGCGCCUAUAGUUCGUUCACUUGCUCGAGCUGCACUUAUGCGUGGUUCUGCUGUUCGAGCAAUUUCUACUACGCCCAACUGUUUUUCCAGCAAAGCUGACGAUAUCAUGGAGAAAUGGCCUGCAGAGAAGUUAUAUCACUAA